CUGCCACGCCACCCAAAGGAAGCACGAGGGCUGGGAUACUGCCAGGUUUCCCAAGCCUAGACAGGGGAAGUUGAGAGGCAGAGGCAGAACCACGGACCCUCCGCUGCUGGUUCUGUCGAAAAGGGAAGAUGAAAGGCCGGACAACUGUGAAGUUGUUCGGCUCACAGAUAAGGCAUUGGAAUUCAUAGAGGUAGGACCACUUGGAAUGCCCAACUUCGGUCGUACCAUGGAAGGCACACUGGAUGCAGUUUUUAAAGGGGUUAAAUUCACAGUAGUGGAUGAGGAAAUGGAAGGAGAAGGGGCCAAAACUGGUCUGAGAGUGGGAUA